UCAUAAUUUUAACAGUACAAUAAAUUCAGUGCAAGAUUAAACUCAUUAAAGUUUAAAUUCUGAAUCCACCUCUAAAUGAAAAUCUCUUAGUAAGGAGCAUUUUGCCCCUUUAGCGAAUCUGCUAUUCGUACAUUUUAAUUUGAAUUAACCAAAUAUUGAAUUUCGAAUACCAGAUACUUAAAGUUAAAAAAAAAAAAAAAAAAGCAACAACUUUCGAAUCCAUUUUCCAUUGUUCCUCAUUGCCCUUUGAGGAGGAACUUGGGAGACAAUAUAAAGCCCAAAGUGGAAUAGAUUAAAAAAAAGGAAUAAACUCACUCACUUGUUCUCUUCUCUUCCUCUUCUUAGGCGUAUGUACCAAAUCUAUUUCUCAUCAUGCUAUUCUCUUUCCCUCUUUUCGUCAAACCCCAUUAUAAUAGGCCUAUUUACCACUCCAUUGACCAAGGCCAAGAGAAGAAAUCAAGAAACUUGAAUUCAAACUCCUCACAUAUUGGCUCUUCUUGCUACGGUCUUAAUAAUAGGCCUAAACCAAUUAUAACUAGCAUUUCAACUAACCAAGAAAAGUUUCACAACCACCAAUAUCCCAAAGACCUCAACUUUUAUGAUUCUUCUCUAGCAAAGGGAAAACCUAAAGAUGAUGAAGAUGGUUUUAAGAAGACAAAGUCAAGAGCUUUGAAAAUUUAUAGAGAUUUAAAGAAAGUUAAGCAGCCCAUUUCUCCCGGAGGUAGACUAUCAAGUUUCUUGUACUCACUUUUUACAAAUGGGAAAAAAACAAAGAUUUUGACAAAUGAUGAGGAGAAAAAAUUGAAGUCUGCAAAUGCAUCAACUUGUUCUUCAUCUUCUUCAUUCUCUAGGUCAUGUUUAAACAAGAAUAUUAUAAUUACUCCAUGUGGGCACAAGACUUUGGACGUGGACCAACAAAAUGUUGAGGCUGUAAAAAGCAUUAAUAGAAAUUAUAUUCAUGAAGAUCAUCAGCUAAAAAUCCACAAGAGUCUUCAAGUACUUUUUCAAGAAUAUGAAGAUAAUGAUGAUGAAGAUGAGGGUGCAAGUUGUGCAAGUUCUGAUCUGUUUGAGCUUGAUAUUUUUUCUUCCAUUGGAGUUCUGAUCAAGAAUAUGAAGAUAAUGAUGUUUGAGUUCUGA